ACACUACCGUUGAACAACAGUUCAUUCAGCUUGCUUGUAACUGCAGAGGUGCAUACCAGGAAAAUUCACAAGAUUCUUGGAGUUUUUUUUUUCAGCGAAGAGCUCUCAUACUAAUAUUUUAUUCACUUCAUUAUCUUCAUGUGAGAGAAGAACUAGCUACUUUCCAAUAUGUGGGCCUCUGCAAGCCUUCUCCUGGCAGCAUCUCUGCUUGUUGGAAAUAUGGUUGCCGAGCGCUGCCCACGAAUCUGCAUCUGUGAUCGCGUCAAGUAUCAAGUCAUGUGUUUGAACAAGAACCUCACUGAGGUGCCAGUUAACAUCCCUCAGGUAACUCAAAGAUUUGACCUUCGCCGUAAUGAAAUCAAAGUCAUCCCUGCAGGAACAUUCCUCCCUAUCCCAUAUCUCACCCAUUUGAACCUUCAGAAAUGCAAGGUGGAAAGAAUUGAGGAGGGAGCCUUCAGAGGAUUAGGACGUAUGGUUUACCUCAAUCUGGCCCACAACAAUAUAGCCUUCAUUUACCAGGAGUCCUUUGAUGGUUUGUCUUCUCUUCGACAACUAAUGCUAGAAAAUAAUCACAUUGAAGAAAUAAUGCCGGGAGCUUUUGGACAGCUGGGCUUCCUCAACUUUCUUAAUUUGGCCAGAAAUUCUUUGGUGUAUCUACCAGAUAUGGUCUUCCAGGGACUUCACUUGACCAAGUGGAUCAAUUUGUCCCAUAAUUCCCUCAAUGUGCUUGCCAAUGAACCCUUUGGUGGGCUACCAAAUCUAAGGAGGUUGAGCCUAGACCAUAAUGAACUGCAGUUCCUUCCCACCGAUGCACUGUCUAGACUGUCAGGUACAAACAGGUUGGACUUAGGACACAAUCCCAUUGCUUAUAUCAGCGAGGAGGCCGUUCAGAUGGCUUCCCUGAAACAACUCUUCUUGGACAACAUGGUCCUUCAGGAUGUCUCACACAGAGCUUUCACCAAGAGCCCUCUGCUUCAUACCCUUGACUUGCACAACAACCAGCUCCUUGUGCUGCAGCCAUUGACAGAAAUGGCCCAUCUGAAAAAGGUCAAUUUGACAGGAAACCCGGUGCUUUGCACUUGUUACAUGUGGCCUUUCAAAGAGUGGGCUGCCAAAAAAAGGAUACACGCCGACGUGGUGUGUGCUGGCCCAGUUAGCUCCAGAGGAGAACAUCUGGAAUCUUUAAGGUCAACAGAUAUGACGUGUAGGGAUCACGCCUUGGAAGAGAAGUUGCUUCCUAGUAUGGCCACAUUCACCAGGAGCUCCGAGGAGGAUGCUGUAAAGUGUCCAAAAGGAUGUACCUGUUCAUCCGACUACCAGCAUGUUAACUGCGACCGCAAAAAUCUCCAGAGCAUCCCCAAAGGAUUUCCUAGCAACACCCAACUCUUGGACAUGCGCCACAAUGAGUUCCGCUCCAUGCCCAAAGACUCCUUCCCGGGCUUGAAAAACCUGACAUCUCUUCACUUACAGAACUGCAAGAUUGAAACCCUGCAACCCGGUGCUUUCCAGGACCUGAAAAGCCUUGUGUAUCUUUACCUCUCAAAUAACAGCAUCUCUUCUUUAGAUGCGGCUGUUUUUAAAGGAACCGCCCAGCUUGCUUACCUCUACCUGGAUCACAACAGAUUCACACACAUAUCCCAGGGUGCUUUUCGCUUCUUGCCCAACCUCUUUGCCCUUCACUUGGAACACAACUCCAUCAGCCAAAUUUCAGAUAAUGCUCUUUCUGGGAUGGAAAAGCUACACUGGCUUUAUCUAACGGGAAACCGCAUUGCUCAGGUGUCUCCCAGGGCUCUGGGUCAAGCCAAGAUGCUGGAGAAGCUUCACCUAGAUGAUAAUUCUUUGGAGGAAGUGCCCACCAGGUCCCUCAGGGGACUGCCCACACUUAGUGAACUGAAGCUGUCCAAAAACCCUAUAAAGCACAUCAAGGACAAUGCCUUUCUUCCCGUGGCAAGAUCAUUGCAACACCUCUACCUGGAUAAUACAGGGCUAGAACAGAUUUCUUCUGGUGCCUUUGCUGGUUUAGGUCCAAAGAUAAAAAGUAUGUACCUGGAGAAGAACAAAAUGCACACUGUGCCUGAUUUCAGUGCCUUUACAGCUCUGGAGGUCAUCAACUUAAGUGACAUACCAUUCCAUUGUGACUGUCAACUUCUCCCACUACGCAAGUGGCUUGACAAGCUGAACCUGAGAGUAGGAGCCACGUGUGACUCUCCAGCUGCUGUACGUGGCCAAAAGGUGAAGCGCACAACUGCCUUCCAAAGUUGCCGUGACUGGAGUACCAAGAAGGCCAAGCGGACCAGCUCAACUAAAGCCAAAACUAAGGUUGCAAGUAGGUCUAGUAAAAGGCAGCAAGCGGGAAAAAGACAAAUGAGAGCAAGCAAGAAAAGCAAGGCAUGAAAGGAAGCAAACCAAUAUUGCUGAAGGAAACCUCUUGAUCUUCUCAUCUAUUAAAAAAUUAAGUUGGAACAGCGAGUAUCAUCCACACUCAUGGCCUACAAAUUCACUCUGCUAGAACAUACACUUCUUCAAAGGAAGAAAACAGACUUAACGUCAUUCAACAUUUGGUGAGCCUAAGAUGUUAGAGAGUUAGCCAGCAGAACUCUGUGCAAAGAUUUAAACAAAAAUAUAUUCAGCAACUUUCAACACAUUAUAGUUGAAAUAUACGAACUGUUCAAAAUACAAGGAUAUGCUUGUUUUGUUCUGCUUGUCAGGAAACAAUGGAGAGUGACUUUGGAGAUAUAAUAGAACAUGUCCCUUGUUCUUUUAAACAUGUCCUUGUACCCAAAAAAGGCCUUUCCCCCAAAAGGAUAGAAGUUUCCUUUUUUUU